UGCAGCCAGCGAUAUUGGAUAAUAAACAGCGAUAAUAAAAUAAUAAUAAUAUUAUAAAAAUAAUAUUAAUAAAGCAUAGCUAAGGAUAACCCGAACGACUAGCAGCUGGACAGGAAGGUGGACAGCCGGAGCCGCGAUACCGCCGCCCACACAAACACACGGGAAUACACAACAUGAACACACAGGUCCAGCUGAGACCGCUUCAGCGGCUAUUUGCAGAACCCCUCCUGCUCGUCCUCAUCUGCCUCCUCUCCUUGGGUGCCCACGGCGAAAAGGUGCUGCAGGAGGGCUUUUUGGGGCUCCAGGAUCCGCCGGCCAAAGACCUGGGUGAACUGCUGCGCGACCUUCGGCUCGUGCCGUCCCGCCUAGACUUUGGAACGUGGUCCGUCGGCCAGGCGCGUUCCCAGACGGUGACGCUGUUCAAUCAGCACGCCAACCGAACGCUACAGCUUAAUGCCGUGGCCGGCCCAAGUCCCGCCUUCUAUAGCAGCUUCCUCGGCAGCAGGGAAGUGCCGCCCCAGGGCAAUACCACAUUCAGCGUGGUAUUCCUACCAAGGCAACUGGGCGCCAUUGCUGGCGACCUGCUUAUUCACACCUCCUUCGGCCAGGCCGAGUUGGAGGUGCGAGGGGAGGGCAGUGAGUGCCCGUACCGCCUGAAGCCACUGGUGGGGAUCAAGGCACCCAUUAAUGCGACGCUCACGCCAGAGAUUCACAUGUACAACCCGCACGAGCACCCGCUGCAGAUACUGGAGAUAUACAGCAGCGGCGGCGAGUUCCAAUUGGAGCUGCCCAGCGGCGGAUCGGAAGGGCCACAGAAUCUGUGGGAGAUUCCGCCACACACUUUGAAGCCGGUCAUCAGGAUCUCCUUUCACGGCCGCACCGCUGGCAACCACAGCGCCUACAUCCGCAUCAAGAUCUCCGAGCAGGAACUGGAUCUUGACCUGGAGAAUAUCCUGGUUAUCCCCGUCGAGUUCGAAAUUUUGCCACGACAUACGCCCUACGCCCGCAAUCCGCUGGCAGACUUUGGCCGUGUGGCUACCUUAAAUUCUCCGGAUGCCUUGCAGUUCAAACUGGAUGUUCGGAACGACGAGAGUAGCUUGCUAUUCGGCAGAUACCUGCGCCAGAUUCCUGGGCUUUCGUUCGACUCCAACAAAACGACCAUUGUGUUGGAUCCCAGGCUGUUUGAAGGCAGCGAGCCCAUUAAUGAUUUGCUAGUGAUAAGCAGUAACCAGUCCAGUUCCAGUCUGGAAACGGAUCAGCCAUUCACGGUGCUGGUGCGAGCGGAAAUCUUUCAAGGAGGACUCCACUUCGACGUAAAUGUCACAAAGUUUGUGACGAACUCUGCAGAAGGCGGAGAUGGCCCACCGCUGGAGAGGAAGCGGUCACUGGUGGUGCGCAACAGCUUUGAAAUGCCUCUCGUCCUGUUCAACGUCAGUCUCAGCGAUCCCGUAGACGAAUCCAUUUUGGAGGUGGAACUAGUGGGCGAUCGCAGGAUACUAUUGCAGCCAGGCGAGUCCGUGGAGCUUUUGCGCCUGAAUCUGCUAAACGAACAGGUGCCCUUCAAAUCCUUUCUGAGGAUCGAGACGAACGUCACGGUUUUCAAUAUUCCCCUGGUCUCAUGCAGUGGACUUCUACAUGUGUCCACGCAGCCAUUUGUGCUUAAACUUCUUCCGAAGGAGGAAGAGGCAUACAACCUAGAGCUAGAUCUAGGGACUGUGCCAUUCGCCGAGAUGUCGCAUGACGGCUAUGUGAUUCUGCGAAACGAUAAUCCGACGCCUGUAAAGAUCAGCAACUGGUAUUUCAAGCACCCAAAGACCGUCUACUCGCGGAGCACCUUCCUUGGCUGUCGGUCGUCGGAGGAGCCGAUUAACAUGGGGAACAUUACCCAGUUUUGGCGCUUAUGCACUGAACUCGGAGCCGGUGACAGCGCCGUAUUCAAGGUGGCCAUCCAAACGUACGAGGCGGAAGCAACGUUUGGGACCCUCAAGGUUUGGACGCCGCACGAGGUGAUUCGCGUGCGUGUUAAGUUCGAGGCCUCCGUGGGGCAGUUGGAGAUUGAGCAGGAGCAGCUCAACUUCAAGAACUGCUUUCCUGGCAAAAUGUGCAGCGCCGUGCUAAGCAUCCGCUCUAGCUUCACGCAGUCAGUGCACGUGAAAAGCAUAUCCUUUGCCCUUCCGGUGGGCCUGCGCUUUAAGGAUUUUAAUGCCAAGGGCACUACGAUCGCUCCGCAGACGCUGACCAAGGUGGGUCGAAUCUAUUUUGAACCGGCGGCUGUGUGUCGAGAUCAGUGCUACAUUAAGGAGUCUACGAAUGACCAAGCCAUCUUUCCCAGCGUUCCUGGAGGGGGCGAUGGAAACGGCGGCGUUAUCAACAAUAAUCUCCUCUAUGACGGAGUGGAGUUGAGGCAGCGCACAGAGCUCUUCAGGAAGCUGCGCCGCCAAAUGUCUUCAGUGUCGCUCACGCUGCACAGCGACGAGUUGCCACCGCUGGAGCUGGACUUUUCAAUUCCAAUAGAGUGGCCCAAGCUAGUUCAGUUUCAGCCGAUCCCGCCAACGCCAGCUAUAGAGGUUGGCCAGGUGCAGCGCCAAUGGAUCACGCUUUCAAACCCCUCGCAAAAUCCGAUUGUGCUUGACUAUUACCUAUCGGAUCCGGUCUUCGCCCGCCGUACGCAGCUUUCCCUACCGCACGAAGUGAUCGACGUGAGCUCCACGAGUUGCUAUCUGACGGAUAGGGAGGUAUUUUCCCUGCCAAAUGCCGGGGAUCCCAUCCUGCUUCCAGGAGGUUCUAGUUUGAACAUUCCCAUCACCUUUAGUGCUCAGCUGCCAGAGAAGUACUGCACGCUGCUGCACGUGAGAAGUAAUCUUACUCUUUACGAAGCCGUAUGGCUGCAGGCCCGUGCCGUGCAGUCGCAGUUCCGUUUCGGAAAUCGUCGUCCGGGAUCUGCCUCGCCGUUGCUCUUCGAGAUGACCACCGACCAGUUCCAGGGCUGCGAAGCUGGCAAUGGAGCAGUGGUGGCCACAAGAAGCUUCACGGCUCGCAACUCGGGUAUAAUUCCCAUGAGGAUCGAAGGCUUCCUAAUUGGAUCUCUGCCCUGCGAGGACUUUGGCUUCAAAGUGAUGGACUGUGAGGGUUUUGAUCUCGGAGAGAACGAAACUCGCAAAGUGGAGAUUUCCUUCAGCACGGACUUUACUUCCUCGAGAGUCAAACGUUCACUAACGCUGCUCACGAACCUUACCUACGACAUUAGCUAUGUCCUCCUCGCACAAUUGCCCGCUGAAAGUGUAGAACUGUGCGCCUCCCACUUGGUGAGACCUGCAUGGGAGUCCUCCCUUAAAAACGCUGCUCUUGUUGUACUACUGGCCAGCUUUGGACUGGUCCUGGUGGCUGCUGUUUUUGACGCAAAAGCUAUUAUGACUCAGCAGAGCGCCUACGAUGCGGCCAGGAAUAAGGGACCUCUGCAGCCCACCUUUAAUCUACGAAAUAUUGUGAAGCUACAAGCGGAGGAAGCGGCUGCUAAAGCGGAAGCAGUGCAGCAGCAGCAGAAGGCCAGAAAUGGUCAACUUAAAGAACUCCGGAAGCGAACUGUCCUAAACGCGACAUCUAAGUCUAAGUCAUCCAAGUCCUCUUGGUCGCCGUGGAACAUGGAUAUGAAUGCGCUGAGUAAGCACCUGCAAAAAUCGAAACCAAAGACGGUGGCUAGCACUCCAGUCACUCCUCCUCCUGCUGCUGUUGCCGCCGCUCCGCCACCGGAACCAAAACCCGUGAAAAAAUCUUCAACGCCAUCGCCUCAGGCAGCUGCCGCCCAAGUUCCAGUUAGACCUCAAAAGAAAGUUAAGCCUACCUCUGCAGUGGCUCCUGUGCCAUCCAAACCUAAGCCGGAACCCUCGACUCCUGUAGUAGAGCAAUACGAAAAACCGUUGGCCAAGUCGAGCCCCCCACAACAGGAAAACAUAUCGCCGAAGCCAAACAAGGCACCAGAACCUCGCGUGCUGAAGGAGCAGAAUGGCUCAGCCAAGAAAAUGGGCAAGACACCGGGGAGGGAGCGUGAAAGGGAACGGCGUAAGGAACAAAAGCUGACGAAUGGCUCUGGUGCUGGAGUGGGAUUUAAAAAACCAGAGCGAAAGCAGCGCCAGAAGCUGAACUUCGGGCAGACCACGAACAGCGCCUCACCACCAGCUUCGCCGGACGCUCUAAAAUGCAUCAGCACGCCUUGGGAGACAAGCAGUGGCGUCUCGUUCCGAGAUGCGCUCCAGACUCAGCAAUUUGCGCCCACUAGCAACGGUUUGGUUUGGGGUCAGGGUUCGUCCUCGAGUGAUCUAGGAUCGAUAGGAGACAGCCGCAAAAACCCAACACCGCCGAUGAUGUCGUCGUUGUGGGAACCUUUGUCAGCUACGGCCAAUAAUUCGUUAUUUGCUAACGGAGAAGUUGAUUUUCCAACAGCAGAUACUAUCUAUGAACAACGGGAGCGAGAAAGGCAGCAGUGGGAGCGCAGCGAAUUGAUCAUGCAGCAACAGUUACUUCUUCAGCAGGCACAGAAAAUUGAGAUCCAGCAGAGGCAACAGGAAAAGCUUUUUGCGAGUAUGGAGCCGAGCAAUUGGGCCACCAACUGGACGCCGCUAGGUUAUUCCUCCUGGCCAGAAGCUGCACCCGGCUUGGGUGUGAUACGACCUCCACCAGGACUGGAGCAAAACGCACGGCAAACGCACAAUCUUGCACAAGAACCCGGCUCUGCGGGAGCGGCACCUGGAACUGGGUCUGCAGUUCCCGGCGAGAGCCUGCCCACGCAGUACGACCCCUUCACCUCGCCCAGCUCAAUUUGGUCCGACGCAUGGCGCCAGUCCUCGCAGCGCAACAACAACCACAAUCAGAUGAACUAGGGGAGUGACAAGAAGCAAGCUCACUGAUCAAACUGAAUCAACCAAAUGAAAUUCUUACCACUUAGACACCUAGGUUACGCGACGAUGGAGGAACGCAGAAAUGAUCUUUUCCAAUUUGACUUUUGACUAAUAAACGCAAAGAUAAAUGACUUUCAUA